UAAAGAUUCAACCAAUCAAGUUUCCCACACUUUGUUAGCAUUCAGCCAGCAGUUGCUACUUAUCACUUCUAUCAUUUAUAUAUAAAAACCAAAAGCGAACAGUCUUCUCUGCGGAAAUCCAGGGGUCUUACGUCAAUACCUCAUCGUUCAUUAUUGUGUAAGACCUAGAAAUUAAGACAGCAGAAUGGGGGAAACGGAUGAUAUCAUGGAAGCUGUGAAGAUGGAAGCAGUUGAUUUGGAAACGAUUCCAAUUGAGGAAGUUUAUGAAAAUUUGAGAUGUUCUAAAGACGGGUUAUCAUCAGAGGAUGCUGAAAAGAGAUUAGAAAUUUUUGGGUACAAUAAACUUGAAGAGAAGAAGGAGAGUAAGUUCUUGAAGUUUUUAGGGUUCAUGUGGAAUCCACUGUCAUGGGUUAUGGAAGUUGCAGCAAUUAUGGCAAUUGCACUUGCCAAUGGAGGAGGUAAACCACCAGAUUGGCAGGAUUUUGUUGGAAUCAUAACUCUUCUUGUGAUCAAUUCAACAAUAAGUUUUAUAGAAGAGAAUAAUGCUGGAAAUGCUGCAGCAGCUCUCAUGGCACGCCUUGCACCCAAAGCAAAGGUGCUUCGUAAUGGAAAAUGGAAUGAAGAAGAUGCAGCGAUUCUUGUUCCAGGUGAUAUAAUCAGUAUUAAACUUGGGGAUAUUGUUCCAGCUGAUGCUCGACUUCUUGAGGGUGAUCCAUUAAAGAUUGAUCAGUCUGCGCUAACAGGCGAGUCCCUCCCUGUAACAAAGCACCCAGGGGAGGGAGUUUAUUCCGGCUCCACAUGCAAACAAGGAGAGAUUGAAGCAGUAGUCAUUGCCACAGGAGUGCAUACCUUUUUUGGAAAGGCUGCACAUCUUGUAGACUCUACAAACCAAGUAGGCCAUUUUCAAAAGGUUUUGACGGCGAUUGGAAACUUCUGUAUAUGCUCAAUUGCGGUUGGAAUGAUAAUAGAAAUCAUUGUGAUGUAUCCAAUUCAACAUAGGAAAUAUCGCCCUGGAAUUGACAAUUUGUUAGUUCUACUUAUUGGUGGAAUUCCUAUUGCCAUGCCUACAGUUUUAUCUGUCACAAUGGCAAUUGGUUCCCAUCGUUUAUCUCAACAGGGGGCUAUCACGAAGAGAAUGACAGCAAUAGAAGAAAUGGCAGGCAUGGAUGUUCUUUGCAGUGAUAAAACAGGGACUUUAACACUGAACAAACUUACUGUUGACAAAAAUUUAAUAGAGAUAUUUGCUAAAGGAGUGGAUGCUGACAUGGUGGUAUUAAUGGCUGCAAGAGCAUCUAGAGUUGAAAAUCAAGAUGCAAUAGACGCUGCUAUAGUAGGAAUGUUAGCUGACCCAAAAGAAGCAAGAGCUGGAAUUAAAGAAAUUCAUUUCCUACCAUUCAACCCAACUGAUAAACGAACAGCGUUGACUUAUCUUGAUGAUGAAAAUAAAAUGCAUCGUGUCAGUAAAGGUGCUCCUGAACAGAUCCUGAAUCUUGCACAUAAUAAAUCAAACAUUGAAAAAAGAGUUCAUACUGUGAUCGAUAAAUUUGCUGAGCGUGGUUUGCGAUCCCUUGCAGUUGCAUAUCAGGAAGUUCCAGAGGGAAAGAAGGAAAGCCCAGGAGGUCCAUGGGAAUUCAUCGGCCUCAUGCCUCUCUUUGAUCCACCACGACAUGACAGUGCAGAUACAAUUAGGAGAGCCUUGAAUCUUGGAGUAAGCGUUAAAAUGAUCACAGGUGAUCAAUUAGCAAUAGGAAAAGAAACAGGAAGACGUCUUGGAAUGGGAACAAACAUGUAUCCUUCCUCUGCAUUACUUGGACAAAACAGAGACGAAUCCAUUGUCGCGUUGCCUGUUGAUGAAUUGAUUGAGAAAGCAGAUGGUUUUGCUGGCGUUUUCCCUGAGCAUAAAUAUGAGAUUGUGAAACGUCUACAAGCGAGAAAACAUAUAUGUGGAAUGACGGGUGAUGGAGUGAAUGAUGCGCCUGCGCUUAAAAAAGCAGACAUUGGAAUAGCGGUUGCGGAUGCAACUGACGCGGCUCGUAGCGCGUCUGAUAUUGUGUUGACUGAACCUGGUCUUAGUGUUAUUAUCAGUGCGGUUUUAACUAGUCGUGCUAUUUUUCAAAGGAUGAAAAAUUACACUAUUUAUGCGGUUUCCAUUACGAUACGUAUUGUGCUUGGUUUCAUGCUGCUUGCCCUUAUAUGGAAGUUCGAUUUUCCACCCUUUAUGGUGCUUAUCAUUGCUAUUCUCAAUGAUGGUACAAUUAUGACAAUCUCCAAAGAUAGAGUAAAACCCUCUCCGUUACCUGACAGUUGGAAGUUAUCAGAGAUUUUUGCUACUGGAAUCAUUCUUGGUAGCUACUUAGCUAUGAUGACAGUCAUCUUCUUCUGGGCUGCAUACGAAACCAAUUUCUUUCCGCGAGUGUUUGGAGUGUCAAGCCUUCAAAAAGGAGCACGUGACGAUUUCAGAAAGCUAGCUUCAGCUAUAUACCUACAAGUCAGUACAAUCAGUCAGGCUCUCAUAUUCGUUACUCGAUCUAGAAGUUGGUCAUUCUAUGAACGACCCGGAGCUCUUCUUAUGGGGGCUUUCUUAAUUGCUCAACUCAUUGCAACAUUAAUUGCCGUUUAUGCAAACUGGAGUUUCGCUGCAAUCGAAGGAAUCGGAUGGGGUUGGGCAGGAGUUAUUUGGCUUUACAACAUCGUCUUCUACAUCCCUCUUGAUUUCAUUAAAUUCUUCAUAAGAUACGCUUUAAGUGGAAGAGCAUGGGAUCUAGUCAUCGAUCAAAGGGUUGCUUUCACAAGAAAAAGAAACUUCGGGAAAGAAGAUCGUGAGCUUAAAUGGGCUCAAGCCCAAAGAACUCUACAUGGACUCGACCCACCCGAAACCCAAUAUGUUGAACGAAACAACCAUAAUGAGCUUAAUCAAAUGGCUGAAGACGCAAUUCGUAGAGCUGAGAUGACAAGGUUGAGAGAAUUGCUUACGUUGAAGGGUCAUGUGGAAUCGGUUGUAAAGUUAAAGAACAUCGAUAUCGACACGAUCCAACAAUCCUAUACUGUUUGAGAAGUACAUCGUACUAAAUGCUUCAUGUUUGAAAUCUAAAUCUAUGUAUGUAGUGUACAUGAAUGCGAAUAGUAGUAAUUUGUUGUUUUUAAAUUACGAGUAGUGGAAUUAUUGGUUUA